AUGCGUGGGAGUUUGGCAGGGGCGGUGGGGGAUCCGUGGAUCCCCGAGGCCGACGCCGCCGUCGCCCGCGUCGUCGUGAAAAAGGUCCGGAUGGAAAUCAAAAACACCGAGGCCUACACCGCGGCCAUGGCGCAGUUGAUUUAUCUGAAUAUUCGACUUCAGGAUCGCCGGCAGCUGCACCCCCCGACGCGGCUUCGCGCGGAGUAUCAGCAGCAAUACCACGACGUCAAGCGCAAUUCCAUCGCGAAGCAGACGACCGAAAACGGCAGCGUCGUCUGGCAGGUUUGCGUUUCGCCCGCGCAGAUGUUGGAGGAAGGGGUCGUGAAACCCGCGGUGUGGGAGGCCGUACCGCGAAAAUACGCGGCGACGAUCGAGUAUUUAUUUCUCGGCCGCUCCAGCACCCAAUUCACCCUCGAAACUGGCGGGCUGAGCGUGAAUCUCGUGGAUUACACCAUCGAUUACGGCGGGAAGGGUCCUCGGCCGCUCCGACGGCUCGUGAAUCGUUACAUCACCCACGAGGCGAGUUUUCCGAAAACCUACGCGCAGCUCGUCGCGGACGUCGAGGCGACCGCGCGGCAGCUCGACCACCUCAACGCGAAGCUCAACGCCCUUCAAAGCAGCAGUCUGCGAAAGCGGUCCACCAUCACCUCGACCGUCAAGAAAUGA